CAUCAACGUGUGCGAGAUCGGAUUACUCCGUACCUAUUGUGCAUAGAGACAACCCCACCAACAUUCUAUAAUUGAUCAUUUAAUUCACGAACAUCUUGAUUCCUAGAGUACGUACGAGCAGAACAAUUACUCGGACAGAAUUCUUACAAUCAAAUCAAUUGAUUUUAAAUCUCAACCCACAACUCAAGUCAACAUGGUAGCCAAGGAAAUUUACGUCGCCGUUAUUGGUAUGAAGCUCUAACUUCUAAGAUUUUUAUAGGAGCUCCAAUACUGAUUCAUUAUUAGGUGCUGGUGGUGUAGGAAAAUGCUUUCUAUCUCAACUUGAAGCUCUUUCUCAACGAUACACUUCAUCCAAGAUAUCCCUAAUCUUCGUGUCAAGGAGCAAGAAAGUUCUCUACAGCCCAAAAUAUACUCCUCUCUCAUAUUCCAACCUCUCAACCACACUCGCAGACUCCACACAAGAACCCCUCUCUAUACCAAAGAUCAUCGAAUACUUAGCAGCUGCACCUGCAAAGGUCGUACUUGUCGACAACACAAGUUCGCAAGAUGUAGCAGAUGCAUACCCGCAAGUUUUGUCAAAAGGAAUCUCGAUAGUCACUCCCAACAAGAAGGCAUUCUCUGGAUCAUAUAAGUUAUGGCAGGAUAUCUUCUCCGCAGCUUCAUCAUCCGGGGCUAAGGUCUAUCAUGAAAGCUCAGUCGGUGCUGGAUUACCCGUUAUUUCUACUUUGAAAGAAUUGGUCGACACCGGUGACUCUGUCACCAAAAUCGAGGGUGUCUUCAGCGGCACAAUGUCAUUCUUGUUCAAUUCGUUUGCUCCCACUGAAGGUUCAGGAGGAAAAUGGUCCGCGGAGGUCGCAAAGGCAAAAGAAUUGGGCUAUACUGAACCGGAUCCAAGAGACGAUUUGAACGGUCUCGAUGUUGCCAGAAAAUUGACAAUUUUGGCAAGAUUAGCAGGGCUUGAGGUUGAAUCUCCUACUUCAUUCCCGGUUCAAAGUUUAAUCCCCAAACAAUUGGAGAGCGUUUCAAGUGGAGAGGAAUUCCUUCAGAAGUUGCCCGAGUUUGAUUCUCAGAUGGAAGAAACAAAGAUCGCUGCCGAGAAGGAGGGUAAGGUUGUGCGAUUUGUUGGAAGUAUUGAUGUAGCAAAGAAGGAGGUGAAGGUGGGUUUGGAGAAAUUCGACAGAUCACACCCAAUCGCUGCACUUAAAGGAAGCGAUAACAUCAUCAGCUUCUACACAAAACGAUAUGGGUCCAAUCCCUUGAUCAUUCAGGGAGCUGGUGCUGGAGGAGACGUGACGGCAAUGGGUGUCACAGGUGAUCUGAUCAAGGUCCUCGAAAGGCUUUCUUGAAUAAUUGCUAUAAUACUAUAAAAGUUUUGUGCUGCUUCAAUCGUCUAUAAUCGCGCCGCUGUCCUUUCGUGGCUGACCUGCUUGUUCCAUUCUCUUCUUCACUCCUUCGGCUGUUUCCUCUAUCACCUCUGCCACAUUGAUAGAACCAUUUGCUGAAGGCA